CGUAGUUUACACAUUUUUAAGAUGUCUGCGCCCAGGCAGUCUUGUUUGGUUGUUUUGAGUUCUGCAGCAGAAGGCGUUACAUCACAAUCUUUCAACACAUGUUACACGCUGCUGAACUUGAGCUUCAACGUACAGCUUGCUUCUCCAAAUGGUAAAAAUGUGGAAUAUGUAAAUCAAGAUGAUACAAACAGGCGUUGGUUUAAUGAGUUCCGGUCCAAAUCAGCCUCCAACCCAAUCCCUCUGGAGACGGUAGAUGCUGCGCGAUACAGCGCCCUUGUCAUUCCUGACAGCCCGGGGGCACUACGAGACCUCCACAAGGAUAAAGACCUCAAGCAGAUCCUUGCAUACUUUGUCAAAGAGAAAAAGGCGAUCUGUGCUGUGGGGCUGGGUGUUGCUGGACUGUUUUCCACUGUACAUGACGGCAUCUGGAGUUUUGAGGACUAUAGCCUCACAUGUACGUGUCUUUAUGAGUUGGCGAGAAAUCCAGAAUUCCCUUCCCUACCUGUUAUACCUGAAGACUUCGUCAAAGACAACGGGGGGAAAUACUCGUGUAGCGGGGAGGCUGACAGUGUGCACGUGGUGAUCGACAGACACGUGAUCACGGGCCAGAACGUGCAAUCGACCAUCACCGCCGUACAGAACCUCGUACUUCUGUGUAGCCAUAAUUUGAAAUUCAUGAAGUUUUAGUCUUAUGUAUCUGUCUAUGAUGUUUGGACCUCCGGUCGGCUUUCACCACGAGUUUGACCUGACACACAACAAGACACGAUCUCCUUCGCGGGAUAUUUGUUUCUUACACGAAUGGAGCUGAGAUAGAUUGAUUGAAAACAUGACUUUCUUUAUUCGCAAAUGUUUCAAUACACCUGCUUAUUUCUCAUUACGUAUGUUUAUUUGUGUUUUUGUAAAUAUUGAUGCAUUCUGUGAAAUAAAAAGUGCAAUAUA